CUGGAACCAACGGGCCUGAGUCAAACGGAGUCUCUUCUGGCUCAGACCGUGAUCCCUGGAAGUAUUCUGGACUCAUAAAUCAUUUUGGAUCGGGAGCAAAAAGGAACAGGCUCAGAAGAACAUGGCUGUGGCGGGGUGUUCCAGAUGCAUAAAAUACAUGUUAUUCUUCCUUAAUUUUAUUUUUUGGCUGGCCGGAGGUUUGAUCCUAGGAGUGGCCCUGUGGUUACGCCAUGACAGCCAAACCAGCAGUCUCCUCAUACUUCAGUUUGAUGGACAACAGGCACCGGGCACCUUUUACAUCAGUGUGUACAUCCUGAUAGCUGUAGGAGCCGUCAUGAUGCUUGUCGGGUUCCUCGGAUGUUACGGCGCCAUCCAGGAGUCUCAGUGUCUGCUGGGAACAUUCUUCUUCUUCUUGGUGAUCCUGUUCGCCUGCGAGGUGGCUGCAGCAAUCUGGGGCUUCAUGAACAGAGACACUAUUUCCAAAGAACUCAUUAACUUCUACGACGCGGCGUACAUCAAGGCCGUGGACAUCUCAACGCCUCCCAAUAAAGACGCAGCGGUCAAGGUGCUGGAGGCUUUCCACACCACGCUCGACUGCUGUGGGAAAGGAAACACUGACACAGCUCUCUUCUUACAACUCACUUCCACUUUGUGUCGCACAAAAGCUCUUUCUGCUCCCAAAACCGAGGGCUGUCACAUAAAGCUGGUCGAGCUGUUCUCUAAGAAGCUCUACCUCAUCGGCCUCGCCGCCCUGGUGGUUGCCGUCAUCAUGAUCUUUGAGAUGAUCUUCACCAUGGUGCUCUGCUGUGGGAUCCGUAACAGCCCAGGCGUGUACUGA